AUGCUCCGAAAACACGAUACGAGUGAUACCAUUGCGGAAAUUGUGAACGCCGAUGAGAUAAAUGUAAAUAACAAUAUCGCACAUCAAGAUCCAGCAGGCAUUUCCUUAUCUGAACAAUUUGAGUUGCUUCAAGCUCAAUUUUUAAUUCAAAUAAGGGAUGUUCAUAAGGAUGAACUAUCUCGAAAAGUGGAUCCAGAAACCGAAUUAGUGCACAUGGAUGCAGUGAAAGAAGCUUUCACCGAAACUUUUUCCUCGGAAAAGAUUUUUGCGAAAAUCGAUACGAGGUAUAAAUUAGAUAAAUUUUUGGUCGAAAAAAUGGACAUGAUCGUCCCUCAAAAAAUACCUAUCGGCACUGAAAUGGUUUGGAAAGUAAAUCGCACUUCACCAGAUCGGGUCGCAGAUCUCGUCGAGGUGGAACAAGCCGCGUACAUUGUACCUCUUCGGGAAAGUCUGCGAGCUCUUCUUCGUAAUAAAGACGUAAAAUAUUGCGUUGAUAACCCCAGAGACAAUGAAAAUGAUGGAGUACUACGCAACGUCUUGGAUGGAUCGUUCUACCGCACUCACGAAUUUUUCCAGGAGAAUAGAAAAGCGUUGGCAAUAAUUUUGUACUACGAUGAUCUCGAAAUUGCUAGCCCUUUGGGUUCAAAAACGUCUGUUCACAAGCUCUCUAUGUUUUACUGGAGUCUUGCGAACAUUUAUCCCGAACUGCGAUCGACUUUGCAAACUGUAAAUUUAUUUGCCAUCGUGAAAACACAGUUUUUGAAAAAAUUCGGAGUCGACAAAAUUUUGGAGAAGUUCGUUGAAGAAAUUAAUGUUCUACAACGUGAAGGGAUCAGCAUAGAGAUCGGACAGGAAAAAUUUAAUUACAAAGGAACGCUCCUGUUUGUUGCUGGAGAUACUCCAGCAUCUGCAUUGAUGGGGGGAUUCAAAGAGUCGGUGGCAGCGUUUCGACCAUGUCGUACGUGCUUCACCACACGAGACGAAUGGAAGACUUCAUUCUCAGAAGAUAGGUUCAUUUUACGAAACAAAGAAACCCACAUCGAACAAGUGAACAACAUAGAUCAGAAUCACUUAACAAGGCAGGGUGUUGAGUACUGGAAAAAACGAUAUGGGAUCAAUCGUAGAAGUGCGCUGCUUGACAUUGACGGAUUCGAUGUCACUAUGUGUUUGCCACAGGAUGGUAUGCACAUUUUGUCUGAGGGUGUUAUCGAAAUUGCUACGAGAGCAUUUCUGAGAUACUACAUUUACGAAAAAGAAUAUUUUUCUCUAAUCGACCUCAAUGAUUGGAUAUCGCGUUUCGACUUUGGACAUUUGCGAAAAAAUGCACCUAGCGCAAUUCUCCAAGCUCAUUUAAUGUCAGACGGUCAUCUGCGACAAAGUUCCUCGCAAAUGCUGGCAUUGGCUCACGCACUACCGUUCUUCAUAGGUGAGCGUUCAUGUGAAAACGACGACUCAGACUUGGAAGAAAGAUCCGACUGCCACGGGCGGCUACUACAGAUAUUGAAUGUCUGUUUAUCUUACGAGAUUCACCAGGAACGUGUUGAUACGUUGGAAAGGAUGAUCUGCGUGUACAUCCUUAUUUUUAACAGGCUUUAUCCUCACCACAUUGUGCCAAAAUUCCAUUUCCUCGUGCACAUUCCUCGCUACAUUCGUCUGUUUGGCCCAGCGCGACAACAGUGGUGCUUCAGAUUUGAAGCUACGCACUCGUACUACAAAUCAUUGGUCUCUGUGGUACGAAAUUUCAAGAACAUGCCGCAAACUUUGUCGUACAGACACCAAACACUAAUGUGCUCCAGACUUAACAGUCGAUCAAAUGUUUCUUCAAUGAAAUUUUUAUACACUGGUGACCAGAUAUUCUCGGGGCAAACAGUGGUUUUGGAAAAUCUUGCCAAUGCACACCUUUUUUAUGAAUAUUUGGACGAUAACGAAAUCGCAGGAUGUCAAGUUUUCAGAACCGUUGAAGUCGUAAUUCAUGGAACUUCCUACAAAAAUAAAAGUUUAAUCUUACUAGAAGACGUGGAAAGCGCUUUACCUGUAUUCGGCGAAAUAAAGAACAUAUAUGUUCUCAAAGAAAAGGUUUUCUUUUUGUAUGUACCACUGAGAACAUUGGAUUAUUCCAACACAUUGAAUGCAUACAAAAUAGAAGAAGCAUCAAUACCUGCUAUGACAGAAAAGAUAAUGAGAGCAAAAGAUCUCAUUUUUCCACAUUCACUAUUGCACGUGAAAUUUGGACAAGCACGAUACGUGGUUCUCCUUUAUAACUGUCGCACAGAAUUUACCGGAUAA